UGUGUGUGAGAGAGAGCGCAUGUGUGAGAGCGCGCGUGUGUGUGUGUGUAUGUGUGUGAGCGAGGCAGGGCGAGGUCAGAAGCUUGGUGACGGGAAACGUACCUUGAGUUGACCGCUGCUAUGCCGGGCCACUUCCCUCUGAGCUGUGACGUCAAGGCGAGCUCAGCAACACGGAUCCAGACAGGUAUAUCUUCCCACCGCGCCUGCACCAACCUUCAUACUCUUCUGCACCUUCCCACCACACACACACACGCUGUAGUCACCGCGAUAUCCAUAUGAGACCAGGGUGCGGUAGAGCCAUGGCCGGAAAGGGUGACAAGGGUGAGGCUGAGGGUGGCAGAAAGGGUGUGUGUUUCAAGGGUGUGGUCGGUAUUUAAAAGCAUGACAGUCGAGCCUCUAAUGUUACUAGAUGGACUUGCGUUCUCCAACAUGCACGUGUAUAUAGAGAACCUUCAGAUGGAUAGAGUGUGCAGGGUCACGUGUGGGUUUUCUGAGGUCGUGUGCCAGGAUCUCAAGGCGCAGCACGAGGCGAGUGUUGAGGUACAGAAGAGCUACAGCGUCUUUGCCCUCUACAACGGCAUCAUCGCGGCCGGCUCUCCCUCUCUUCUUCAUCCUGUUCAUGGGCGCGUGGGAGUGACAAGUAUGGGAGGAAGGUGCCGCUCGUAGCCGUCCAGGUGGGUCAUGUCCUCCACGCUGGCGGCUACCUGCUGGCGUCCCUCGUCCCCUCUUGGCCUGCUGAGGUGCUCCUGCUGGUGACACUGCUGGACACACUCGGGGGCGGCGCGGUGUCCUUCCUGACGGUGGCCAACUCGUACUUAGGUGACGCGACGCCUGAGGAAAGCCGCACGUCAAGGGUCGGCCUGGCUAACAGCAUCUGGUUUCUCGGCGGUCCUGUUGGCACGUUGAUGGGGCGGUACAUCUACGGUGCGGGGGGUUAUUUGGCCCUCUUCACCACGUCCCUUGCCCUGUCCGUGGCUGCUGUGGUGUACGUGGCGGUCUUCCUGCCAGAGAGCCACGGGCCUUUCGUCAAGAAGAGGCAACACGGAGGAGGCGAUGAAGGCGACGCUGGAGUUACGGGAUAGCGUGGCGGCGGUGUAUGGGUUUGGAGGGCAAGAAAAAGGUCGCCCACACCCUCUCAGACGCCCGCCCCGCACUCGCUACCAUGGCCAAGGACUUCUUCGACCCCAGACGCAUCGUGGAUAGUUUCAAGUCAACUGUGCGGCGGCGGGAGGGCAACACUCGCGGCCUCAUCCUUACGCUUAUCUUCACCAGCCUCCUCAGAAGAGUGACUAGAUCUCCCUACGUCUUCGCCUUCACCCGACAUGAGCUGGGCUGGGAGGCGGCUGAUUACAGUCUUUGGGUCACCUACAAGAACCUGAUGGCCACGACUGGCUCCCUCGUGGCGGUCCCCCUUCUGAGUGGCCACCUCGGGGUUCCUGACAUCGUGCUGGCAUUAGUAGGAGCCAUAUCAGGCAUUCUAGAAUAUGUUAUCUACGGCUUUGUCUCCCAGGCCAGACCCUUUCUUCUCUGGAUUGGUAAGUGUGUGUGUGUGUGUGUGUGCCCUCUGGGCGCGCUGCUCCUCAACUCCUGCACCAUUGCUCAGCGCUCCAUGAUGACCAAAUUUUGUGUCCAAUGA